ACUUCUCAACAGUAUCGUCCGCUGGCUUGCUCAAGAUCUGGGCCUCAAGCUGAAUAAAUUCGUCAUGGCUGACAACCAAACCUAUCGCCUGGUGAAUGGAGGACCACGACAAAAGACAUUCCAGGUAGAAGACAACCCAAACAUCCUGAAUUACAAUGUGUCAGCAGAGGAGAGGAAUAAAUCCGCUGACCAGCUUCUACAGCAGGCGCUACAGAAGGUGAAAGAUGAGGUGAAAGCAAAUGGCUGUAGAGCUGCACUGGAAAAAUUUGACCGCUAUUCUGUGAAGGGGUAUCUGGAAGAAGAGACUGGACUAAGUUCUGCGGCCAUUAGGAUGAUUGGAGACCUGCUCAAUGAGCAGAGCCUUAUGUACACAGCACUGAGUGAGAUGAUCUUUGAGCAGUCUAACAUCGGAGACGACAUCAAGUACUAUGAAGUGACAGGUGGGACGGACCUGCUUACCAAAGCUUUGGCAGAGUUAAUUUCCCUGAACGCCAAGGUCAAACGUAUCAGCCAGUCAGAAGACGGGAUCAUUGUCUCAUUUCAGAACGAUAAGCAGCCUGACCUUCAUGCCGACUUUGCCCUUGUCACAACCACAGCCAAAGCAGCCCUUUUCAUGGCCUUCGAUCCACCUCUGUCCAUCCCAAAGAUGGAGGCCCUGAGGUCAGUCCACUAUGACAGCUCGACUAAAAUCAUCCUUACCUUCAGCGAGAAGUUCUGGGAGAAGGAUGGCAUCCGUGGAGGAAAGAGCAUCACAGACCGACCCUCUCGUUACAUCUACUACCCCAGCCACAGUUUCCCAGGAAACGACAAGAUCGGCGUCCUCCUGGCUUCCUACACCUGGUCUGAUGAGUCUCUCCUCUUCCUGGGCGCGAGCGACGAGGACCUCAAAGAGCUGACCCUGAGAGAUUUGGCGCUGAUCCACAACACCACCGACGUCAGGUCUCUCUGCACCGGUGUGGUGGUGAAACGCUGGAGUGCAGAUCCUUACAGCUUGGGCGCCUAUGCCAUGUUCACGCCGUACCAACACCUGGAGUAUGGCAGGGACCUCUUUCAGAGCGAAGGCAAGGUGCACUUCGCCGGGGAGCACACGGCUUUCCCUCACGGCUGGAUGGAGGCAGCAAUGAAAUCGGCAAUCAGGGUGGCGAAGAACAUCAACCAAGUGGCAAAGGAAGACAAGUUAGUUGGACAUGCAGUCCGAGACGAGUUUUAGAGUAUUUAGUUGAGCUGUUAAUCCUUUUCUUUCUUCAAACAUUUCUGUGGUCUCACAGAGCUCUCUCUAAAAAUAGUAGUAGCAUACUUUCCAAAUUAAUUAUUCGUUUUUGCUUUGGCUAAUUGUAGGAAAUACGUCAGGCACAUUCUGUUUUCUUAUGUCUUUUAUUUUCCAUUUUUAACCAUCACUGCUUGCAUAUAAUUUGAUUUAGACUUAAAGAGAAGGUUAGCAAUACUGGAGCAAGAUUGUUGAUAUUUGGUUAAAAUCUGUCUCACAGCCAUUAGUUCAUGAACAAGACAUUUGCUCAUAGACUGACUUGCACUUUGCCCAGCAUUUAAAUCAGGGCCCUUGAUCUCAGUAGUCAAGCAAAUAUACCUCUCCCCUUAGUGCUUUUAUCAAUACACCACUCCCCUCUUAUCAAUACACCACUCCCCUCUUAUCAAUACACCUCUCCCCUUAGUGCUCUUAUCAAUACUCCUCUCCCCUCUUAUCAAUACACCUCUCCCCUCUUAUCAAUACACCACUCCCCUUAGUGCUCUUAUCAAUACACCUCUCCCCUCUUAUCAAUACACCACUCCC